GAACCAGCGUCACACUUGAGUGUACGAUUUCACCAACGGCUUGUCCUUACUAAGGUAUAUUGGAACAAAGGAGGACAACAAGUCUACAGCUACAGCCAACAAGGGAACUCCAAAUACUCUGGAUCAAGCUAUUGGGACCCAUCACUUACCAUACGUAAUACCGUGGUUGAAGACACCGGUAACUACACAUGUAGAGGGCUUAAAUCACAGUAUGACGUCUCUAGUCCCCCGCUGAGCCUGACUAGUUCUCCAAUCACACUGACAGUAUAUAAACCAUUCACCGUGUCUAUCCAACCCGAUAGUAGCGAUAUCACGAUAGAGGAAGGACAUCGCCCACAACCAAGAACUUGUACAUCAGAUGACUGUUCCGACGAUUGUGAGAGGGAGUGGACAUUACCGAACGGUGUAAAGAAGAGGUCGAAUAUCUUCACAAAGCCGAUCACUAAGGACGAAGCUGGAACAUACACGUGUACAGUUAGGUCUAGGACCCAGACACAAUCCAAGUCGUUCUACGUUACCGUAAACUAUGGUCCGAAGUCUAUUUCACUGUCCCCACCCAAUAACAGGACUAUUCAGGAAAGACACUGGAUAUCUCAAGUGACGUGCCUGGCAGAAUGUUCCCCUGCCUGUUCUUUUGUCUGGACAGGACCAAAAAUUGGCAAAUAUGGACAGAGUGGGGCGUAUUUAAAGCUUGGAUAUUCAAACAAGAGAGACCGUGGUAUCUAUAGUUGUAUGGCGUACAAUGACUUUGGCAACAUAUCCAGCUCUCUGUGGAUCGAUGUGAACUACGGGCCAAGUACGAUAGAUUUGGAACCUUCUACGCUGUCAUACAGGGAGCUGGAGGGGUCCGUGUUGGAGGACAUUACCUGUACUGCUGACUGUAAUCCUCCGUGUCAUUUCACCUGGACUAGGGACAACAUUGACGUCAGUAAUGACAACACACUAUCUCUCGGUAGCUUGGAUAGCAGCAAAGAUGGCACAUAUCAAUGUGCGGCGCGGGGCGGAAACAGAAGAAUUGACAAAACAAUCAGCGUAAUAACUUUGU